GCGCGCACACACGCACACACACACACACACACACACACAUACACACGGUGACCGCCGUCGUUCCUUGAUGACCCACCGUCUGCUCAUUUCCGAGAGUUUACGGAGAUUCACCGAGCAGCGACCCGGCCCCUCCCGCCCCCUCUUCCGCGCCACAGCUACUCUCCCCUCGGCUCCACUCCGAGGAGGAACCCGGUGCCCCCGGUUGAUCGUUUCCAAUUACGUUACCCCAAGAUGGAGGUCUGCAGAUGGCACCGCUAGCGUCUCCGAGUCACCGUAACCGUCCGUGUGUCUUUCAUGGCGCUUUUGUCGGGAUUCAAGUGAUUUUGUGCCACCUUUUUGUCGAUUUUUGGGGGGAUCUACUUGGGAAAUACUGAGCUCCAGGUUCGGGUUGUGGCAGCCAUGAGCUCCGGGGAAGCAGCGGAGGAGUCCACGAAGGACGCUGGCGACAUAGCGGCGUUCUUCAAAACCGAUGGAUCCCUCCCUAAAGAGCCAAAAGGAGAUGUAUCAAGUCAGAUAGCAGGUUUUAGGCGAAAUGAGGAGAUGAGAGCAAUGGAGGUACUUCCCAUCCUCAAAGAAAAAGUUGCCUUUUUGUCAGGUGGCAGAGACAGACGCGGUGGUCCAGUGUUAACAUUUCCAUCACGCAGCAACCAUGACAGAAUACGAACGGAUGACCUAAGGAGACUCAUCGCCUACCUCGCCGGCAUCCCCAGCGAGGAGGUGUGUAAACAUGGCUUCACGGUCAUCGUUGAUAUGCGCGGCUCGAAGUGGGACAGCAUCAAGCCCCUGCUAAAGAUCCUGCAGGAGUCCUUUCCAUCCUGCAUCCACGUCGCCCUCAUCAUCAAACCAGACAACUUCUGGCAGAAGCAGAGGACCAACUUUGGCAGCUCUAAGUUUGAGUUUGAGACCACCAUGGUGUCACUAGAGGGCCUGACAAAGGUCGUUGACCCCUCCCAACUGACGGCGGACUUUGAUGGCAGCCUAGACUACAACCAUGAAGAGUGGAUAGAGGUGCGUGUGGCAUUUGAGGAGUUCUCAGGCCACGCCACCCAGAUGCUGGCUCGACUAGAGGAGAUGCAAGAAACCGUGUCAAGGAAAGACUUUCCCCAAGACCUGGACGGAGCCCGGCGGAUGAUAGAAGAACAUGCCACGCUGAAGAAGAAAGUUAUAAAGGCCCCAAUAGAGGAGCUGGACACUGAGGGACAGAGGUUGCUCCAGAGAAUCCAGAGCAGCGAGUCCUUCUCCAACCGUAACGGCAGCAGCAGUGGAGGCAGCGGCGGCAGCAGCAGCAGCAGCAGCGGGGGGUUGUGUAACGCCGACACCCAGGGCCUGGUGCCACGGAUCACCCAGCUGCUGGACAAACUGCACUCUACCCGACAGCACCUCCACCAGGCCUGGCACGUCCGCAAGCUCCAGCUGGACCAGUGCUUCCAGCUGCGUCUGUUUGAGCAGGACGCAGAGAAGAUGUUCGACUGGAUCAUGCACAACAAGGGUUUGUUCCUGGCAGGAUACACAGAGAUUGGCAACAACCACCCCCACGCCAUCGAGCUGCAAACCCAGCACAACCACUUCGCUAUGAACUGCAUGAAUGUGUAUGUGAACAUCAACCGCAUCAUGUCGGUGGGCAACCGGUUGCUGGAGUCAGGUCACUACGCCUCUCAGCAGAUCAAGCAGAUCUCAGGCCAGCUGGAGCAGGAGUGGAAGGCCUUCGCCGCUGCGCUGGAUGAACGCAGCACGCUGUUGGAGAUGUCAGCCAGCUUUCACCAGAAAUGUGACCAGUACAUGGGUAACGUGGACUCGUGGUGUAAGGCGUGCGGCGAGGUGGAUCUGCCCUCUGAGCUGCAAGACCUGGAAGACGCCAUCCAUCACCACCAGGGCCUGUAUGAACACAUCACUGCUGCCUACUCUGAGGUGAGUCAAGAUGGCAAAGCCCUGCUUGACAAGCUGCAGCGACCUUUGACCCCAGGCAGUGCCGAUUCACUAACGGCCUCAGCAAACUACUCCAAGGCAGUGCACCACGUCCUGGACAUCAUCCACGAGGUGCUGCAUCAUCAGAGACAGCUGGAAAACAUCUGGCAACACCGCAAAGUGCGGCUGCACCAACGUCUGCAGCUCUGUGUCUUUCAACAGGACGUCCAACAGGUGCUGGACUGGAUAGAAAACCACGGAGAGGCCUUCCUCAGCAAACACACAGGCGUGGGAAAGUCCCUGCACCGAGCCCGGGCUCUGCAGAAACGGCACGAAGACUUUGAGGAAGUAGCACAGAAUACGUACACCAAUGCAGACAAGCUGCUGGAGGCGGCUGAGCAGCUGGCCCAGACGGGAGAGUGCGACCCUGAGGAGAUCUACCAGGCCGCCCACCAGCUCGAAGACAGGAUCCAAGACUUUGUUCGCCGCGUGGAGCAGCGCAAAGUCCUGCUGGACAUGUCUGUCGCCUUCCACACACACGUCAAAGAGCUGUGGACAUGGCUGGAGGACCUCCAGAAAGAGCUGCUGGAUGACGUCUAUGCCGAGUCGGUGGAGGCCGUGCAGGAUCUGAUCAAACGCUUCGGCCAGCAGCAGCAGACCACGCUGCAGGUCACCGUCAACGUCAUCAAGGAGGGAGAGGAUCUCAUCCAGCAGCUCAGGGACUCGGCCAUCUCCAGCAACAAGACACCCCACAACAGCUCCAUCAACCACAUCGAGAGCGUCCUGCAGCAGCUGGACGAGGCCCAGGCCCAGAUGGAGGAGCUCUUCCAGGAGAGGAAGAUCAAACUGGAGCUCUUCCUGCAGCUCCGCAUCUUCGAGAGGGACGCCAUUGAUAUCAUCUCUGACCUGGAGUCCUGGAAUGAGGAGCUGACGGGUCAGAUGAAUGAUUUUGACACGGAGGACCUGACACUGGCUGAGCAGAGGCUGCAGCACCAUGCCGACAAGGCCCUGACCAUGAACAACCUCACCUUCGACGUCAUCCACCAGGGACAGGAGCUGCUGCAGUACGUCAACGAGGUCCAGGCCUCUGGCGUGGAGCUGCUGUGUGACCGCGACGUCGACAUGGCAACACGGGUUCAGGACCUGCUGGAGUUUCUCCACGAGAAGCAGCAAGAGCUGGACCUUGCGGCCGAGCAGCACCGCAGGCACCUGGAGCAGUGCGUCCAGCUAAGACACCUGCAGGCUGAAGUCAAACAGGUUCUUGGUUGGAUUCGUAACGGCGAAUCGAUGCUGAACGCCGGUCUAAUAACAGCCAGCUCCCUACAGGAAGCUGAACAACUGCAGAGGGAACACGAACAGUUUCAACACGCCAUCGAGAAAACCCACCAGAGUGCUCUGCAGGUCCAGCAGAAGGCAGAGGCUCUGCUCCAGGCCAACCACUACGACAUGGACCUGAUCCGAGACUGUGCAGAGAGCGUGGCCUCCCACUGGCAGCAGCUCAUGCUCAAAAUGGAGGACAGACUGAAGCUGGUCAAUGCCUCAGUGGCCUUCUACAAGACCUCUGAGCAGGUAUGCAGUGUGUUGGAGAGCCUGGAGCAGGAGUAUAAGAGAGAGGAGGACUGGUGCGGAGGAGCCGAUAAACUGGGACCCAACUGUGAAACGGACCACGUCAGCCCCAUGAUCAGUAAACACCUGGAGCAGAAGGAGGCCUUCCUCAAGGCGUGCACUCUGGCCAGAAGAAAUGCAGACGUCUUCCUCAAGUACAUGCACAGGAACAGCGUCAACAUGCCAGGCAUGCUGAGCCACGUCAAAGCACCAGAACAGCAGGUCAAAAACAUCCUCAAUGAGCUGCUGCAGAGAGAGAAUCGUGUUCUUCACUUCUGGACCAUGAGGAAACGACGGCUGGACCAGUGUCAGCAGUAUGUGGUGUUUGAACGCAGCGCCAAACAGGCUUUGGAGUGGAUUCAUGACACAGGAGAGUUCUAUCUGUCCACACACACCUCCACCGGCUCCAGUAUCCACCACACACAGGAGCUGCUGAAGGAGCAUGAGGACUUCCACAUCACAGCCAAGCAAACUAAGGAGCGUGUGAAGCUGCUGAUCCAGCUGGCUGAUGGCUUCUGCGAGAAAGGCCACAGUCAUGCUGGGGAGAUCAAAAAAUGGGUGACGGCUGUGGACAAACGCUACCGAGACUUCUCGCUGCGCAUGGACAAAUACCGCUGCAGCCUGGAGAAAGCCCUGGGCAUCUCUUCAGACUCCAACAAGGCAAGUAAGGAUCUCCAGCUGGACAUCAUCCCAGCCACAGCUCCAGGGUCAGAGGUCAAGCUGCGGGAUGCAGCUCAUGAGCUGAAUGAGGAGAAACGCAAGUCAGCACGCAGAAAGGAGUUCAUCAUGGCAGAGCUGAUUCAGACAGAAAAAGCCUACGUGCGAGACCUGCGGGAGUGCAUGGAUACCUACCUGUGGGAGAUGACCAGUGGAGUCGAGGAGAUUCCUCCAGGAAUCAUCAACAAGGAACACAUCAUCUUUGGAAACAUGCAAGACCUCUAUGAAUUUCACCAUAACAUCUUUCUCAAAGAGUUGGAGAAAUAUGAGCAGCUACCAGAGGAUGUGGGGCAUUGCUUUGUCACAUGGGCUGAUAAGUUCCAGAUGUAUGUGAACUACUGUAAGAACAAACCCGACUCCACCCAGCUAAUCCUAGAGCAUGCUGGGAACUACUUUGAUGAAAUCCAACAGAGGCACCGACUGGCCAACUCCAUCUCCUCCUAUCUGAUCAAGCCUGUGCAGAGAAUCACCAAGUAUCAGCUCCUGCUCAAGGAGCUGCUCACCUGCUGUGAAGAAGGUAAAGGAGAAAUCAAGGACGGCCUGGAGGUGAUGCUCAGUGUUCCUAAGAAAGCCAACGAUGCCAUGCACCUCUCUAUGCUGGAAGGUUUUGAUGAAAACAUCGAAUCCCAGGGUGAGCUCAUUCUCCAGGAGUCCUUCCAGGUCUGGGAUCCAAAGACUCUGAUCCGCAAGGGUCGGGAGCGCCACCUGUUCCUGUUCGAGAUGUCGCUUGUCUUCAGCAAGGAGGUCAAGGACUCAAACGGCAGGAGCAAAUACAUCUACAAGAGCAAACUUUUUACGUCAGAGUUGGGGGUGACAGAACAUGUUGAAGGAGACCCCUGCAAGUUUGCUCUGUGGGUGGGACGCACCCCGACUUCUGACAACAAGAUUGUGCUCAAGCUAAGUCAGGGAUCCAAACAUGGAGCAAUGGCGUCAAGCAUCGAGAACAAGCAGGACUGGAUCAAACACAUCAGGGAGGUGAUCCAGGAGCGCACCAUUCACCUGAGAGGAGCGCUCAAGGAGCCCAUUCAUAUCCCCAAAGCUACUACAGCCAAGCAUCACAAGGGCCGGGGAAGGGAUGGAGAGGACCUGGACAGUCAGGGUGAAGGCAGCAGCCAACCUGACACCAUCUCUCUGGCAUCCCGCACUUCACAGAACACACUGGACAGCGACAAGCUGUCCGGAGGCUGUGAGCUGACUGUGGUGAUCCAUGACUUCAUGGCCAGCAACAGCAACGAGUUGACAGUGCGGCGCGGUCAGACGGUGGAGGUUCUGGAGCGCUGCCACGACAAGCCAGACUGGUGCCUGGUCAGGACCACAGACCGCUCCCCCGCCCUGGAGGGCCUGGUGCCCUGCUCCAUGCUCUGCAUCGCCCAUUCCAGGUCCUCCAUGGAGAUGGAGGGAAUCUUCAACCACAAAGACACUCUGUCAGUGUGCAGCAAUGACUCCAUCAUGCCAGGGUCGUCUGCUACGCUCCAGCCUGGUCACGGCAUCGGCUCCCACACCUCACCAGGGCCUAAACGACCAGGUAACACACUGCGGAAGUGGCUCACUAGCCCAGUGCGUCGGCUCAGCAGCGGCAAGGCAGACGGCCACGUGAAGAAGCUGGCCCACAAGCACAAGAAGAGCCGCGACGUGCGGAAGAGCGGGGAGAUGACUAUGGGGUCCCAGAAAGACUCGGAUGACAGCGCCGCUACACCUCAGGAUGAGACUGUGGAGGAGAGGGUUCGUAACGAAGGCUUGUCGAGCGGCACGUUGUCCAAGUCCAGUUCCUCGGGCAUGCAGAGCUGCGGGGAGGAGGAGGGCGAGGAGGGUGCUGACUCAGUACCUUUGCCUCCACCUAUGGCCAUCCAGCAGCACAGCCUGCUGCAGCCGGACUCACAGGACGACAAGACCUCGUCUCGUCUGUCGGUCCGUCCAUCCAGUUCAGAGACGCCCAGUGCUGCUGAGUUGGUGAGCGCCAUCGAGGAGCUGGUCAAAAGCAAGAUGGCAUUGGAGGACAGACCCAGCUCACUGUCAGUAGAACAGGGAGACAGCAGCUCUCCUUCCUUCAACCCCUCCGACAACUCCCUCCUCUCCUCCUCCUCUCCAAUCGAAGAGAUGGACGAACGCAAGACCAGCAUCCUCAAGAAAAGACAUUACAUCCUGCUGGAGUUGGUGGAUACGGAGAGAGAUUACGUCAGAGACCUGGGCCUUGUGGUGGAGGGCUACAUGAGCCGGAUGAAGGAGGAGGGCGUCCCAGAUGACAUGAAGGGAAAGGACAAAAUUGUGUUUGGCAACAUUCACCAGAUCUAUGACUGGCACAAAGAUUUCUUCCUUGGGGAAUUGGAGAAGUGUUUGGAGGACCCUGACAAACUGGGACCACUCUUUCUCAAACAGGAACGCAGACUGAACAUGUAUGUAGUGUACUGCCAGAACAAGCCCAAGUCGGAGCACAUCGUCUCAGAGUACAUCGACACCUACUUUGAGGACAUGAAGCAGCGGCUGGGACACAGGCUGCAGAUCACAGACCUGCUCAUCAAGCCAGUCCAGAGGAUCAUGAAGUACCAGCUGCUGCUCAAGGAUUUCCUGAAGCACUCUAAAAAGUCUGGGCUGGAGUCGAUGGAAUUAGAGAAAGCAGUGGAGGUCAUGUGCAUCGUGCCAAAAAGGUGUAACGAUAUGAUGAAUGUUGGCCGGCUCCAGGGAUUUGAUGGAAAGAUCGUGGCUCAGGGCCGCCUGUUGCUGCAGGACACGUUUAUGGUUUCUGACCCGGAGGGCAGCGUGCUCGGCCGGAUGAAGGAGAGGAGAGUCUUCCUUUUUGAGCAGGUGGUCAUCUUUAGCGAGCCCCUCGACAAGAAGAAAGGUUUCUCCCUGCCAGGCUUCCUUUACAAGAACAGCAUCAAGGUGAGCUGUCUGGGGUUAGAGGAGAGUAUGGAGGGUGAUCCCUGCAAGUUCAUCCUCACCUCUCGGGCGACCAACGGCACCGUGGAGUCCUUUGUGCUUCACUCCUCUCACCCAGGGGUGCGUGAGGUCUGGACCCUUCAGAUCAGCCAGAUACUAGAGAGCCAACGCAACUUCCUUAAUGCUCUAACCUCACCAAUAGAGUAUCAGAGGAACCAUGUGGGUGCGAGUGGAGGGCCCUGUGUGUCCAGCCUGGGGGCCCCGGGUGGAGGCAGCAGUGGGUCCAGUGCGGCCCCUGGAGUCGGAGGGGGAAGCUCCCAGGGUAGCUCCAUCCCUCUAGGGCCUCAAGGUGGCUCUCGUCGACCCUCCAGGAUCCCCCAGCCGUCCCGCCUGCCCCAGCCCCUCCGUCACCACCCUGGGGCCGACUCCGACGGCCCCAACAAGAUGUCAGGUUCGUCCCCUUGUCCUGUCCCCCCACUCCCUCCAGGGGGUAGCCCGCAGGGCAAGCGCCCCAUCCAGACUCCAGAGGACCAAGCACAGACCCCCACUCCUGCCAGCGCUGUAGCCCCUAUUCCUCGUGCCACAGUGGGGCCCCUGCCCUCUACACCCACUUCCAAACCACGGCCAGGAGCCGUGUCCCCUAUGGCCCCCCCCAUGGCCACUCCUGCCUUCGGCAAGGACGGCCUCCCUCCUCCCCCUCCCAGCCCCGGCCAGAAGUCUGGAUCUGGAUUCUGGAGCUCUAUGCCGGGCUCUCCAGCCAGCCGGCCUGGCUCGUUCACCUUCCCAGGGGAGGCGGGAGACACCCCGGUCCGUCAGAACUCGAACCAGAUCCAGACCGGCUCUGGAUCUGGGAGCCAAACCCACAGACACUCCACACACAGCAAGGAAGCCGACCGCAUGAGUACGUGCUCAUCGGCCAGCGAGCAAUCCAUCCAGUCCACCCAGAGUAAUGGGAGUGAAAGUAGCAGCAGCAGUAGUGUAUCCACCAUGUUGGUGACCCAGGACUACAUGGCCUUGAAGGAGGAUGAGAUCAGCGUCAGUCAGGGCGAGGUGGUCCAGAUCUUGGCCAGCAACCAGCAGAACAUGUUUCUGGUGUUCAGGGCGGCUACGGAGCAGGGCCCCGCCGCCGAGGGCUGGAUCCCCGGAUUUGUGCUGGGACACACCUCAGCCAUCGUCCCUGAUUGCCCCGAAGGAUCCGUCAAUAGGAAGUCUUCAUCCUGGCACACGUCCCUGCGCAUCCGCAAAAAGUCUGAGAAGAAGGAGAAGGAGGCAAAAAAAGAUGCCAAGCUGGAAAACGGUUACAGGAAGUCCAGAGAAGGUCUGGCCAACAAAGUUUCUGUGAAGCUUCUAAAUCCAAACUACAUCUAUGACGUUCCCCCAGAGUUCCUUGUACCUCUGAGUGAUGUGACAUGUGACAACGGAGAGAGCGUCACCCUCAGGUGUAAAGUCUGUGGUCGACCCCGAGCCGCUGUCACCUGGAAGGGACCCAACCAGAGCAACCUCACCAACAAUGGACGCUUCAGCAUCGCCUAUAGUGAUACGGGUGAAGCAACGCUGCGAAUCAUUGGCGUGGCCUCUGAGGAUGAUGGCGUUUACACUUGCGUUGCCACGAACGAGCUUGGCAGCGUAACGUCAUCUGCUAGCCUCAGAGUGUUAGUGUCCACUGAUGGGAUCAGAGUGAGCUGGAAGGACAACUUUGAGUCUCACUACGCUGAGGUGGUUGAACUGGGCAGGUAA